AUGAGUUCUGCACUUACAGCUAGGAAGGUUCUGGUAGAAAGGAUUACCAAUGAAACCAGCGUUCAAGUGUCCUUAUCCCUUGAUGGCGGAGAGCUUGACCUUCUACCCUACAACAAGAAGUUCGAUUCAUUACCCGAACAGACGACAGUCCACCAUGCCAGCCAGAACUCGCCAACCCAGAAGAUAUGGAUUUGGACUGGAAUUGGCUUCCUGGACCACAUGAUCCACGCUCUCGCCAAACAUUCUGGUUGGAGUUUGAGAGUACGAACUGUUGGUGACCUCGCGAUUGAUGAUCACCACACCGCUGAAGAUACGUUUCUCGCGCUUGGAGAAGCCUUUUCGAAAGCCCUAGGAGACCGGAAAGGCAUUCGGCGGUUCGGCGACGGCCAUGCUCCUCUUGACGAAGCCCUGGCCCGUGCAGUGCUUGACAUAUCUUCACGACCGUACUUUGUUGGAACAUUCGAUUUUAAGGAUUCCAAGAUCGGCAGCCUGUCAACUCAGAUGAUUCCACAUUGUCUGCAAAGCUUCAGCCAAGCAGCUGCAGUCACGCUUCAUGUGGAUGUCCUGCGUGGAGAAAACGAUCAUCAUCGAGCAGAAGCUGCUUUCAAGGCCCUUGCAAUCGCUUGCAGGGCUUCUACAGAGAGGAUUACGGGUAAGGAAGGCGAAGUUGUCAGUACCAAGGGCGUUCUUUCUGGUUAUAAAUGA